CUGACAAAGGAAGUCGCACACGACCUGCAGCUUUUAGCAUCUCUACUAAACCCUAACAAACAGCGAAAAAAAAGCAAACGAAACCAUAUUUGCGUGAAAACUAUGUUCAUCUGUCACUCCGCCAACAUUAUCAAUCGCACAGAUGUGAUCAAACACAUGCCUGUGUGUGAAGAAUGAUGCAUUUGUGGGGUGUGUGGAUUUAGCUUUGGACUAUUGUUGUUCCUCACGUCAGUGAUGCCACACUGCACCCUUCUGUUUCACCUAUUGAACCUCUCAGAUAUACUUCUGGUUUCUCUAAAAUGUUAAAUUAGAGUUAAGAAGUAGAACAAUAUAAAAAUAAUUCCUGUGGAUCACUGUAACAAAAGUUACUAAAUUAAGUUUGCCAUAAGCAUGCCAUUGAAGGAUUCUCAAUGAGAUGCUGUUGGAGUGAUUGGUUAUCAAUACAGAGAUCAAAGCAACGACAGAGAAGAUGGACAAGAAAUCCUUUGACAUCGUCUUGGACGAAAUCAGAAAGUGUGUUCUGACAGAUCAGAGAAUCAAAGCUAUAGAGCAGGUUCAUGGCUAUUUCUCUAGUGAGCAGGUGAUUGACAUUCUGAAAUACUUUUCCUGGGCAGAGCCACAAAUAAAGGCAGUCAAAGCCUUGCAACAUAAAAUGGUUGCAAUUCCAACAACCAAGGUUGCAAACAUUCUUAACUGUUUUACGUUCUCAAAGGAUAGACUCGUUAUACUGGAACUCAUAGCUCUAAAUAUUUCUGAUGCCCAAAACUACCGUCCUGUGGAGGACACAUUCCGUAUUCACCUUUCUGAGAAGAAACGUGCUAGACGAAUCUUAGAGCAGGUAUGUAAGGUGGGAUGUAAAGCUCCAGUGGCAAUGAUUUCAUCCUGCGGGAUGAUCCCAGGGAACCCUUACCCCAAAGGCAAACCCAGCCAGGUCACUGGAACCUUUCCUGGGCUUCCUGCCAAAAAGGAGGGAGAGGAUGCAAACCUAGAAGGAAAGGGCAUUGCUGCCCGCAUCCUCGGACCUAGCAAACCGUCACCUUCAACUUACAAUCCACACAGACCUGUGCCAUAUCCCAUCCCGCCUUGUCGGCCACACGCAACCAUCGCCCCAAGUGCGUACAACAAUGCAGGUCUGGUGUCAGUGGGUGGGGUUAUCACUGCCUGUGUGCCUCCCCCACCCUACCGAGUCGCUUCCAAUUUGGCAGGUUACAGCCGACCUGCCAGUCAACAAAAUUCAAUCCAUAAUGUCUCUAGCACACCAGCUAUGUCUCCUCAUAGCUCCACCCCAUCAAAUCCUGUCUCCUCCCAGCCUCAGACUACCUCACCCAUCACUCCAGUUUUCCCUGGCAUGGUACCGUCCCAGAACCCUGUAACCCCUUCCCCUACUUCUGCCCCCUCACUCUCGGUCAUCAAAGGGCCUCCUGUCCCAGCCGGCUCUCCCCAUCCCAGUCAAAGUGGCCACACCACGCCUAUUCCCUCCCCGUUUCCUAGCAUGCCCCCUUCAGGUAGAAACACCCCUUCAGUCAUCAAAACCCCAUCUGGAACACCCUGUGGUACACCUGGGCCAAGUGCAAGCAUCUCCCAUUCUCCCUUCCAUGGUUCACCCCGCUCGGAAACUCCAUCCGUUGGCCCUACACCUACUCCCAUGACUCCUCAUGGAUCUGCUAUGGGUUUACCCUCAAAGAAGGGUUACCCCCCCUUUUCAGAUUCCCAAACAGGCCCUUCAUUUGUUGGAUCUCCCUCUCAACCCUCUACCCAAUCACAUUCAGUUAUCCGUAGUUACACACCCUCAGGGAUGUCCUCUCAAACUCCUGGACGCUCUACUCCCAGUAUGCAGAGUGUCGGAGGUUUACCAGCAGUGUCUGCUGCUCCAAGCCCUAUGCCCUCUCCUGGCCUCUCCAACCAGGCAGCCAUGAAUAGCCCAGCUGGGGCAUUCUUUAGUGAGCAACAUGCUAGCUCCAUGGUACAUCAUGGCGGAGGUAGUGGCAGUAACAGCCCUGUCCCUUCUGCUUUCAAAGGGCCUUCACGAUCAGGCACCCCUUCCCUUAGCUCUCUGGUAAUGCCUAAUUCUGCUAUCCUUGCCCGACCCAUGAGUAUGCCCUCACCCCAGCCAUCUUUACCCAGCACUGCUGGUAUAGCUGGACUCCACAGUCUUUCAUCUGCGCUGGGCUCCCAGUCUCGGAACAGCCCUGCCCCACAUUUCACAGCCAUCUCCCCCUUUCAGUCUUUAUCGGCAGCUUCCCCUUUUCCUGGAGCCCAGUCCUCCAUUUCCACCUCAUCCACCCCCACUCCUCCUACCUCAUCUGUAUAUUCAGGCCUGGCUCACUCUAGCACUCCCACUCACUCCCCCUUUGGCCUUGGAAUGACCACCUCUCCCUCAGUGUUCCCGGGCCUUCCUCCUGGUGCGAACCCUGCCUUCCAAGCUUUUGGAGGUUCUGCGCCCUCUGUAGCAGGUAGUCCAGUGCUUUCUUCCUUAAUGGGGCUUGCAGGAGCCUCCUCAGUGGCCACCGUCGCACCUCUCCAGGCAGCAGCAGUAGCAGCGGCCGCCGCAGCAGGAGUCUCCUCAUCCUCUCAUGUGCUUCCUGGCUUUGCCUCUGCAUUCAGCUCUAACUUCAACCCUGCUCUGGUUGGCCAGGCUGGGCUAACAGGUAGUCUACAAGCCUCUGGAGGAGCAGGUUUCCCAGGGUUGGUUGCUUUCCCCCCAGGGAUGCCCAGCUUCACUACUACAGCAUCUCCAGCUGCUCUGUCUGGUCUACACAACCCCGCAAUGCAGUCUGCGCUUUUGCAGGCUCACUCAGCAUCAGCACUGGACAGUUACCCUCCUCAGCCAAAUGGGUUUACUAACUACCCUGCAGCUGCUGGCUCAAGCUUUCCUCUGCAGCCAGGCCUGCACCCGUCACUGGGCUGGCAGUAAGUCCUCAUUGGGCAUAUGAAAAAUGAUAUAACCUGUAUGUAUGAUGUGAGUGUGGUGUGAGUAAACAAUGAUGAACAUUGUGGACCGUUUUGCUGUAAAUUUAGAAGGUGGGCAUAGAAAAAAGGUGUGUCUAAACAGCAAUUGUGGGUAAAAUUUUGAAACUACUGUGGCAGCUUUACUUUCCGGUAAUUUUCUAAAGAAGUGACUUAGCGUGUCAAAUCAAAACCUUGUGGUUUAGCACUCUGCACUAGCAGAUUGUCAUUGCAAGACUGUUUUCUGACUGGACUUUGAGUUUGUCAUGUAUUUGAAUGAAUGAAAUGUAGUAUUAUUUUGGUUUGUAGUAAUUAGGGCAAUUAAUUAAUUUGAAAUAUACACCAGUAGAUGAACUGUGAAGAGUGUGGGUGUGUGCAUUUUACUAUACUGUUUUUUUCCCCUGUAUCCUGAAUGUUAGUGGGUUAACUGACUUUUUAAAAUGUCUUUGUCAAAUACUGUACAUGUAAAUACCCUUUGAGAAUGGGUAAAUUAGGUGUUUCCUUUUUGUACUGUAGCUGUUCUUGUUCCAUCCAUAGUUUACUUUUUGUUUUUAUCAUGCAAAUUUCUCUAAAGGAGUUGAUUUGCGAUCAAGUUGCCUAGCAACUCUAAGGUAAUUUUAGUGUUUCAGAUUAUACACAGUGCAAUUUUGCUGACGAUAAGUUCAGUACAAUACAUUUUGCAUGUAUACAAUGUGUAGAUCUCCGAGUCUGCAGUACUCCUGUUUGUUUUCACCAUUAUAUAUUAUAAAAUAUAUUAAAUAAAAUGGUAGUUUAGACUAGUAUGUUCUAACAAUAUAAUGAAAUAA